CGCAAGCAGAACCAUGUCUCUGUCCAACGACAACAACUUUAACCAGCUCCAGCUGAGAGUCCAGUUUUACAGCAUGCCCCAAAAUGAAUGGAAAAAACUACGACCCCAUUUCCCUGGUUACACGUCCGGACUGGUGAAGAGUGAGCCGGGCAAAUUCGUCAUGAAUCCAUUGUACGGAUUCCACGCGGAAAAGUUGUACCGGAUGCAGCCACGGAGGGACGACGUCUGGUUGCUCGGUUUCCCUAAAUGCGGUACAACUUGGACGUCCGAACUAAUCUGGUUGUUAAUGAACAAUUGCGACACGGCGAGAGCAAGUGCCACGCAUCUCAUUUUUCGAACGCCGUGUAUCGAGCUACCCUUCUUGACAUCGGAAACUGAAUUAUCACCGCAAAUGAUGAACAUGUUGAACGCAAUCGAAAAGAUGCAAUCUCCGCGUGUACUCAAAAGUCACUUGCCUUUUUACUUGCUCCAUCCGGAUUUACUCGAUACUUCCAAAGUGGUUUACAUUGCGCGCAAUCCCAAAGAUGCAAUCGUCUCGUUUUAUCAUCACACGAAAUUAGUGAAACGACAUAACUUUCAGGGGACCUUGGAAGAAUUCGCUGAAUAUUUCAUGGAAGAUGAAAUAUUGUGCUCGCCAUUUUUCCCUCAUGUCCUGGACGCUUGGUCGAAACGACAUCACCCCCAUUUGCAUUUCAUGUUCUUCGAAGAUUUGAAAAAGAAUUUACGAGGCGAAAUCGAAAAGGUGGCUGAUUUUCUUGGCCAAUCUCCCAGCAAUGAACAACUCGGAAAGAUAACGAACCAUUUGCGUUUCGACAAUCUCAAGCACAACGAUUCAGUCAAUAACGAAUUGGGUAAACGGACUGGUUUCAUGAACAAGGAUGGAAAUUUCAUGCGAAAAGGUAAAACUGGAGAUUGGAAAAAUCAUUUCGGCCCAGAGUUGAAUUCUAAAAUCGAUAAGUGGAUCGAAAGAAAUUUGAGGGGAAGCGAUUUGACCUUCAUCACCGAAUUGGAACAGCAAGACUAAUUACAUUGAAAUUAAUUUAUGGAAUUAUUAACAUUCCUCAACACUUAUGACUAUGCUUAAAAUUUAAGAUAAGAAGAGAAAAAA